AUGUUAGCCUUGAGCGCAGUGCAAAGACAAGCUGCAGCCUCAAGAUCAGCGAGUCCUUGGAUGAGGGUGCAACAUGGCUCGACCGGUGGCUUGCCAAGGGUUACGUUUAGUAGGCCGUUGAGUACGUUGGCGCAAACUCCUAGCUUAAGGGCGUCUCUAGGGCAUUUGGCUAUUGCCGGGCUAGGACUAGGGUGUGGUGUUGGCUUGGGUUUAGGGUUAGGUUUUGGCUUGGGAGAGGGGCUAGGUUUAUGUUUUGGCUUGGGAGAAGGGCAACCGCAGUUACCGCAGGCGGAUAUUGUUGUGAAGAAAAGGAAGUUGAGGAUCAAGAAAAGAGCUAAAGAUUUUGUGGUUCUUGAAGCCAUUGUUAAUCUCACUUUUGGUUAUAGAGGAGAGAGCAUGUUAGUGCUGAUUCUAGACUGGGUUCGAGAAGAUUCUUCCAACAAUUUAUAUGAUUAA